AUGGAGACGGGCAGCGCAGCCAGGACGAACGGCACCGCCAGCAAAGCCGAGGACGUGAAGAGCCCAACUAGCCCCAAAAAAGAAGAGGAAGCCAAGAAGGCCACGAGCCCUGGUGGAGGUGAGAAAGAAGCUAUAAAAGGCACGGGAGGCGCUGCCUUGGAGACAGGGCAAAUCAAGAGCUCCCUCUUCUCUGGGAGUGACUGGAAGAGGCCCAUCAUUCAGUUUGUGGAGUCAUCCGACGAGAAGAGGUCAACCUACUUCAGCAUGGACUCGGCAGACUCCAAGAAGAUGCAGUUUGGAGACAUGAGGAGACCGGCCCUGAACUUCCCGGAGAAAGGCGACCUCAGGAAGUCCCUGUUCUCCCUGGAUUCCAAAAAGAGCUUCCUGCCUGCUGACGGGGAGGCGAGGAAAUCCUUGUUCUCUGCGGAGCUGAAGAAAUCCUCCCUUCCCCUGGUGGAGACGGGGGAUCUGAGGAGACCCUUCAACAAGGCCGACAGAGCCGCGGGCUCGCGGCCCCGUGUCAAGCUCGAGGACGUUCUCUGCGACUCCUGCAUCGACAACAAGCAGAAGGCUGUCAAGUCCUGCCUGGUGUGCCAGGCUUCCUUCUGCGAGCUGCACCUCAAGCCCCACCUGGAGGGAGCGGCGUUCCGGGACCACCAGCUGCUGGAUCCCAUCAGGGACUUCGAGGCCAGAAAAUGCCCCGUGCACGGCAAGACCAUGGAGCUGUUCUGCCAGACCGACCAGAUGUGCAUCUGCUACCUCUGCAUGUUCCAGGAGCACAAGAACCACAGCACGGUGACAGUGGAGAUCGAGAAGGCUGGCAAAGAGGCUGAGCUGUCGCUGCAGAAGGAGCAGCUGCAGCUGAAGAUCAUCGAGGUGGAAGAUGAGGUGGACAAGUGGCAGAAGGAGAGGGACCGCAUUAAGAAUUACACCACCAACGAGAAAGCCACGGUGGACCAGCACUUCAAGGAGCUGAUCCGUGACCUGGAGAGGCAGAGGGAUGAGGUGAAGGCUGCCCUGGAUCAGAGGGAAAAAAUCGCCUCGGAGAACGUGAAGGAAAUCGUGGAUGAGCUGGAGGAGAGGGCGAAGCUGCUGCGGGAGGACAAGGAGAACAGGGAGCAGAUCCACCAGAUCAGCGACUCCGUGCUCUUCCUGCAGGAAUUUGGGGCUCUGAUGAGGAAUUAUGUGCCCCCUCCAUCCCUCCCAACCUACAGCGUGCUGCUGGAAGGGGAGAGCAUGAGCCCAUCCAUGGGGCUGCUCAGGGACGACCUCCUCAACGUCUGCAUGAGGCACGUGGAGAAAAUCUGCAAGGCAGACCUGGGCCGCAACUUCAUCGAGAGGAACCACAUGGAGAACGGGGACCACCGGUUCAUGAUGAACAACUACGAGUGGAACCAGCCUGACAACCUGAAGAGGUUUUCCAUGUUCCUGUCUCCCAAAGCCAAUUUCAACCCACGGUCAUGGGAAUUUUCCUCCUUCCAAGCGACCGAGGAAACACUUGUAGGCAAUGGCACUAAGCUGCCUUUUCAGUUCUCCUCGGUGGGACAGAAUCCGCCCGGUGACUUCAGCAAACAGUCUGAUGGGAGCCUCUUCACUAAGACCGCCUACCCUUCCAUAGUGAGGCACCAGUCUGCAAAGGUGACGCCACAGACGUGGAAAUCCUCCUCCAAGCAGUCUGUAUUGUCACAUUACCGCCCCUUCUACGUCAACAAAGGCAACGGAGCCACCUCCAACGAGGCGCCCUGAGCUGCUGAGGGAUGGGGAGAGCUCGGAGUGCCACUCACUGAGGAUUUCCAUGGAUGUACCUGCUGUCCCAUUAACCCUUCU